CCUCUGUCCAUUCUGACGAGGCACACAGUCUCUCCUCCUCUGCACUAAACACACACACACACACACAAACACACACACGCAGACACAGACCUUUCACACACACUGCUACAGAGACGAGAGACGACAGACUUGGACUUUUUCCUCUGGAUACUUUCUUCUACACGUUUGAAAGGUGUGCUGAGGAAUCAUGGGAGUGCUGAACGUCUCUGUCAUCUUUCUUCUUUCAUUAAUCACAAUGACUUUAGCAGAACUGCCUGGAUGCAGGAUCCGCAUCACUGACAGAGGACUGGAGAUGCUGAAGGCCGAGACAAAGAGGUUCGUGGAGGAAGAGUUGAGUAACAUCAGCAUGCCAGAGAUGCAGGGUAAAGAGGGCCGCUUCCAGUACACCAUCAAGAAUGUGAAGAUCACGGAGCUGAACCUGACCUCUGACCUCCGCUUCCAGCCUGACGUGGGGCUGCUGUUCGAGGUGCAGAACUCCUCCAUCACCCUCAACUUCCAGAGACGCAUCCUCUACUGGCUCUUUUAUGAUGAGGGAUCAAUCAACGCUUCCGCUGAAGGUGUCAACAUCUUCACAGUCCUCCAUCUCAUCAAAGACCAGGACGGACGUCUCAAGAUCGCCAACAUCACCUGCGAUGCGUUCAUCACCAAGAUGAGGGCCAGAUUUAGCGGGACCCUCGGGAGGGUUUAUGACUUUAUCGGAACGUUCCUGACUACAGGAAUGCGCUUCGUCUUAAAUAAACAGAUUUGUCCAGCUUUGAAUCAUGCCGCACUAGUUCUGGUUAAUCAGCUACUGGAAACAAUCCCAGUGCGCACGGAGGUGGACAGUUACGUGGGCAUUGAUUACUCACUGCUAAAUGACCCCGUGGUGACAGAAACUAGCCUUGAUAUGGAUUUUAGGGGCAUGUUUUAUGACCUGAAGAAUGAGAACGAGACGCUUGUGAACAACGCUGUGAAUCCAGUCCUGAGAGAAUACGAUCGUAUGGUCUAUCUCUCUCUCUCCGAGUACUUCUUUGACAGCGGCCUCUUCUCUUACUUCAAAGGCGGACUGUUCCAAACGCAGAUAGCAAACGAACGAAUGCCGAAGGACUUAGAGUUGCUCCUCAGGACCACCUACAUGGGGAAAAUCAUGAUGCUGGACCCGGCUUUCAUGGAUCAUCCUCUCUCGCUGGAGUUAGAGGUCAAAUCUCCUCCUCGCUCCACCAUCAAGACCUCUGGUGCCAGUGUGGCUGUCAGCUGUAACGUCAAAGUGUUCGUUCUUCCUCCAGGAAAACCAGCUGCCCAGCUCAGCAGCUUGACCAUGGAAGGCACGUUCAACGCGGAAGUAGCGAUGAAGGGCAAGCGCUUGACCAUCCAUUUAGAUCUGAAAAAGUUCACAAUUUUCUCCGAUCAAUCGGUUUUCGAGUCUUUGGCUCUUAUUCCACUGCAAAGUCCUUUGAAGACAAUGCUGCAGUUAUCAGCGGUGCCUCUCAUUAACAAUUACAUUAAGCGAGGUGUGCAGAUCCCUCUUCCGGACGGGAUGGACUUCAUUGAAGAGGUGGUCGAGUAUCACAAUGGCUACAUCAUAGUUGGAGCAAACCUCCACUUCAGGACCGGUCUGAGAGAAAUAAUCGAGAAGAAGCUGUCGGGUGAAACAGAUAACUCCAUUUAAGACGCUAACAUUACCGCACGUGUAAAGACAUGCACAGAAACUAACACAAUGAGCAAUAAAUGGAGGUUUUAAAAGAGAGGAACUAACCUUCGAGCAGAAGCAUGAUGUUUAUUAACUGUACAUCAUCUGAUCCUCAAGACCUGCUUUCGUUAUCAACGUCAACUCUAAAUUUGCCCCAUUUGUGACCCUGGACCACAAAACCAGUUUUAAGUGUCAAUUUCUCGAAAUUGAGAUAUAUACAUCAUCUGAAAUACUGAAUAAAUAAGCUUUCCAUUGAUGUAUGGUUUAGGACAAUAUUUGGCCGAAAUGCAGCUUUAUAAAAAUCUGGAAUCUGAGGGUGCAAAAAAGUCAAAACACUGAGAAAAUUGUCUUUAAUGUUGUCCAAAUUAUGUUCUAAGCAAUGCAUAUUACUAAUCAAAAAUUAGGUUUUGAGAGAUUUACAGUAGAAUAUUUUACAACACGAUCUUUACUUAAUAUCUUAAUGAUUUUUGCAUGAAAGAAAAAUCGAUAAUUUUGACCUAUAACAAUGUAUUUUUGCUAUUGCUACAAAUAUACCCCAGAGACCAAGACUGGUUUUGUGCUCCAGGGUCACAUUUAGUCUCUGAAUAUGCAUUCCUGGUGUAAUUGUGUACAAUCAGCACUUUACUCUAAACAAGAAGAAAAAAAAGUGUAUUUAUAAUCUUUGAAUUUCUUCUUACAUGCCUUUAACCCCCUAAUAUCUUCCCAAACGAAAUGCAACAAUGUAUUGCUCAUAUAAUGAAUAUAGGCAGUGUCUCUUUAUAAUGAGUGCAAUUUACUAAACUUGUUUGCAAAGGCUGCUUUCACUGUUGCUGGAGUAUUUUACUUUUAGCACAAAUACUUCUACUUCUAUUUACACUAUUUGCUCUCAGUGUAAAUACAGUCUAACUUUUUACACUUAGUGUAAAUAGCUGUUGUGUAAUGAUUUCCCCAGUAUAAGCAAAUAAGUAUAUAUUUACAAAAAGCAGCAUAACUGUUUGGAUGCGUACUGUAGAGAUGCUCAUGAGGAGAGCAGACCCCCACAAACCAAUAGAGUUACAUUCAGACAUGACUCUGUUCUACUAUAAAACACCCUGCCAAUUAAUCAGUGCAUUAAUAUGAAGUGACAAACUACUUUAUUCACAUUUCAGAAGCAAAAUGGGUUGCAAAUGCUGGUUCAUGUUGACUUUAGGGUAUUACACAAUGACUGAACCCCAAAACACAUGUACAACUCUUAGAUGUUUAUGUACUUUUAGUUGAAUUUUAUCAUUUUUUGUACACGUUUUAUCGUAUAUAUUGGUUGUUUAAUAUGUGAUUGGUUUGCCAUCCUCAUUUGUGAAUGAACCACUGUACCUCUUUAUAAAAAUGACGUGUUAAAAAACA